AUCAAUUAGACAGGUUAGGUGCUGUCCAGGGUGCUGAAUCCUGAGACAGGUCUCUCGGUGGAGGGAAGCAGAGACAGGUGUGAGUUGUGGCGUGUCUGAUCUCUCGGGGAAUAUGGACCCGUAACAAGAGAAGACAGAGAGUUUUUUAAAGAAGAGUUUAGUGUGAGUUUUAGGAGCUACCAUGGACCUGCUACCAGCCCAGGAGGCCGCUAAAAUCUACCACACCAACUAUGUGAGGAACUCCCGAGCCAUCGGCGUCAUGUGGGCCGUGUUCACCAUCUGCUUCGUCAUCAUUACCGUGGUGGUCUUCAUCCAGCCCUACUGGAUCGGGGACAGCGUCAACACCCCGCAGGCCGGCUACUUCGGCCUCUUCCACUACUGCAUCGGCAACGCGCUGACCUCGGAGCUCACGUGCAAGGGCAGCGUGCUGGACUUCGCCUCCAUCCCGUCCCCAGCCUUCAGGACCGCCAUGUUCUUCGUCGGGACGUCCAUGCUGCUGGUGGUGGGCACCAUGGUCUGCUUCAGCUUGUUCUUCUUCUGCAACGCCGGGAACGUCUACAAGAUCUGUGCGUGGAUGCAGCUGGCCUCUGCCGUGCUGAUGGUGAUGGGCUGCAUGAUCUACCCGGACGGAUGGGACUCUCCCGAGGUGAAGAGGAUGUGUGGCCAGAGAACGGACAAGUACAGCCUGGGAAACUGCACGGUGCGCUGGGCCUACAUCCUGGCCAUCAUCAGCAUCCUGGACGCCCUCCUCCUGGCAUUUCUGUCCUUCACCCUCGGCAACCGGCAGGACAAGUUGCUGCCAGAUGAAUUUGAGGUGGAGGGAACAGGUGAGGGUGUUCUUUCAUGUGAUUACAAGUCACAUUAGAGGUUUAAGACGUAGAGAAACCUUUUAAAUUUUUAAGCUUUAUUUUUAACAUUGGAUACUAGGUAGUUUUUUGUCUUGUUUUUUAUCUCCCAUAAGGCUACAGCAUUACACAUUAUUUUGCAUUGAAAUGUUGGCCCAGAGGCUACAGCUAAACUACCUCAUGAAGUCACCUGCUAAUAAAACAUCCUUUUGUUGAAGGUUAAUAAACAAAUCUUUUUCCUAAUAUUUGUAGGAACUUAAUUACUUCUACACAACUGAGACCUAAUGUCUGAAGUCCACCAAAUAAACCGUUUUUUUUUUCUUCUUCAUAGAAAACAAGUGAUGAACGCAUGGACCUUCAGGAGCACACGCAGUAAUAUCGUUUGGAUAAUUAACUUUGGAUCUCUUUACUCCUUCACAACCAGCCUCAAGAGUUUUUUGUUUUUUUUCUGUAUUUCACAUCACCCAAUAAACAAGCUCGACACACUGUGUACGUCCUGUUUGAAGAUCCAUUUUAUUGUACGGUGUUGUUGCACAUCUUUGUAAAUUGAACAGCUCACACAAAGUCUAUGCUCUCGACGUGAAUUUUUUUUACUUUUUCCCCCUAAGGUCUCAACGGAUAACGUAGGUUACUUUGAUAUGACGGGGUCGGGACACCAUGACAGAACACCAGAUCUCGCCAACUCUGCGGCAAAAUCCAGUGACAUUAUUGAACAGUCAAACACAUCCUCCAUACACUUUAUUAAAACACAGCUACCCAGCUAAAUUCUUUUAGCUAAGAUAUAAGAUUUGUUAAAAACUGUACAUAACUGUAAUAUACAUAAAGGCAAACUCUUUGGUACAGAUAUAUACAGUUUGUUUUCACUUUUUUCCUUUAAACCGGGCUUCUUAACAUUUCAUCCUGUUGAAGUCUUAAAAACGCUGUAUACCUGAAUUUGUGAUAGACGGUAGUAUGAGAAUACCAGCCUCCCAUGAGAAUGAAAGAUCUCCUUUAUUAUAGUUGACUAACCACUAAAUACCAGGUGAC